CCCCGGGACUGUCCAUAAUUUUUAAAGGGUGCCUUGGGACUGUCCAUCAUUUUAAAAGGUGUCUCUGGACCGUCCAUCAUUUUAAAGGGUGCCUUGGGACUGUCCAUAAUUUUUAAAGGGUGCCUUGGGACUGUCCAUCAUUUUAAAAGGUGUCUCUGGACCGUCCAUCAUUUUAAAGGGUGCCUCGGGACCGCCCAUCAUUUUAAAGGGUGCCUCGGGACUGUCCAUAAUUUUAAAGGGUGCCUCGGGACUGUCCAUAAUUUUAAAUGGGUGCCUUGGGACUGUCCAUAAUUUUUAAAGGGUGCCUUGGGACUGUCCAUAAUUUUAAAUGGGUGCCUUGGGAUUGUCCAUCAUUUUAAAAGGUGUCUCUGGACCGUCCAUAAUUUUAAAGGGUGCCUUGGGACUGUCCAUAAUUUUAAAGGGUGCCUCGGGACAGUCCAUCAUUUUAAAGGGUGUUUCGGGACCGUCCAUCAUUUUAAAGGGUGCCUUCGGACUGUCCAUAAUUUUAAAAGGGUGCCUCGGGACCGCCCAUCAUUUUAAAGGGUGCCUCGGGACUGUCCAUCAUUUUAAAGGGUGCCUCGGGACUGUCCAUAAUUUUAACGGGUGCCUUGCG